CCCUCGGCUAUCCUUGACGCGGGAGCAUCGUCGUUUCGAAACAACCGCGAUCUUCUGCCGUCGCGCGCGUUCCGUGAAAACGUCAAACAUCCGACACGCUGUUCGUCGCAAGAUCUUAUCCGGAACGCCGAAAUUCCGAUAGACAAACGUGCCGAAUCGGUGAUUUCCGUCGCAUCGCUGUGAUCGCGAUCGUGUCGUCCUUGCUGGUCCGUUACUCGUAUCGCAGGACUUUUAACGCGUACCGACAUCGCUCGACAGGGAUACAUCCGCGCGAUUCCGGAAUACGUUUGCGAACCGCCGAUACAAAUCGAUCCACGAGAUGUGUUGUGGUGACGUAACCGGUGACUUGUGAUCCCCUUCUUCGCUGUGACCAGUCAAUGGGACAUGGAUGGAGUCCUGACGAGGACACAGUGGUUUAUGCGACGCGCGUUUAGCCUUGGAUACAUUGCGUUCGAAACGCUCGUCUCUGCCGUUUCCAUACGCGCCAUAAUUUUUAAACGCACAAACGUCACCCGUACUGUGACUCUCAAUGAUGGAACAUCGUCGAACCGCUUCGUGCAACACGAGUUGAAAUAAAAAUGUUCGACUCGUUACAGAGUUUAUAAGCGAAUGUCACAGGCAACCGGAUUAAGGCAUUUACCAUUAGAGAUACUUAUAAACCGGUAGAAGAUUUCGAUACUUUGAACGUGGAAGAUGUUUUGAAACGCGCUGAAAAUCUAUCGUGGCUUGCCGGGGCAUACUGCAAGUCGGUCACGAAUUUCUGGCCCGGAGGUCGAGACUGAACUUCUGGCGAACAAUCGGCUGGUCUGCAUAAAAGACUCGUAACACUGCCGGAGCUUCGUGAACGAAACUGGGUGACGUACGGUUAUCGUUCGUGGCCCGAUCGAACUUGGCACGAACGUCGUUUCGUCACGUUUCACGCUGAGUGGAGCGACCAGGAUCUCGACGUGCAGCACGUACGUCUCGGUACGACUAAAUUAUCUCUACCCCCGCGACAGAAAGAUUCCUCGGAUCUUUGAAUCGAAGCUGCGACGGUACUUCCGACGAAGCGUCUAGCAAGAGCGAACAUCGUCGAUCUAUGAAAGCAAUAAAUCCUGAGAAGGCUCGACAGCUGUUCCAGCUGAACUUGUCGCCCCAAAGAUUCUUCGAUUUUUAAUCGUUGAAAAUUCGUCGCGUCGAAGCGAAGCGAAACGGAGCGGAGCGGUAAUUCACGCGCGUAUUCUACACAACGAAACGUUCGAGUGAUUUUUACGCGUAGUCGAUUAAAAAGGGCGUCGUUUUGCCUAUCGCGCGAAACCAUUUGUUUUUUUUUCUUCUUCUUCUUGCAAUCUCAUAGCACGUUGAAGUUGAAAAGGUGUUGGUGGAUCGGGAACAGUUUUCUCUGCUUGUUUAUCCGAGCGUUUCUGUGACACAGUUUCUCGUUCGGUAUCUGUUCUCUCGCGCUAUGUGACGGCGUGAGAAAUCUGUGGUCAGAUUUUUCUCCUUCGCGCGUUUCGUGUCGCGCUAUUCGCGGAGCCAUUCGACGUCUCUGGAAAAUGUUCGCGUCGAAUAAACAGGAUAAUUAAAUUUCGAUUAAGAGGCGAACAAAUUGACGGAAAAGAAGCGAUAGGCGAUUUGGGAGAAUGCGGCGGUACGGCGGUGUACUGGGAGAAAUCGCGAGAAAGAAUGAUCGAUGGAAUGUCUAACGCGUCAGGGAAAUUACUUUAACGAGUGCCGCCUAAUGCAUCGCGAACGACUUUGCGGUGGUGAAUGCGGUGAGAGGCAUAAAGGCGUCCGAUCUGAGACGAGUACAAACUAAUGCUACACCAGCCUCGAACGAGACGAAAUACUCCAGCCGUUAAUUACAUUCAUUAGCGGUUCGCGCGCUAUAACGCUGUAACGUUCGCGUUACGUUACAUUUUCCGCCGCAACUCUGCCGCGCAGAAUAACUUGCUCGUGAAUUCCUACGUAUCCGAACCAGCACCGUGGCGCGGAGCUUUUUGUUUUCCAAAAGGGGAGGAGAGGAACACCGAACCAACGAGCCAAGAAAAAAGCGAGUAAAUUCGGUCAAGUUGCAGCAGCGCCGAAAACAUACAGUUGCAGCACUGCAGAAGGCGACUGUGUGAUUUCGUCGAGCCGUGUUCGGCAUUGUUCGUAACGAAAAGAUAAAUCGAACGCGUCAGUGACGUUUGAAAGAUCGCAGGGUCAUCGACGUUAUCGAAGAUCAUGCCACUGUAGAAGAAUAACGCGUGGCCGGAGAAAAAAAGGAUCUUGAGAAGCGAUCGUGCACGGACAACGAUUGAUCGGUCCUCGAGGAAAGGCCGCGUAAAAUGUCACCGCGAUCGAAAAACUGUCAGUGCUAGCAAACUAUCGCCUGUAAGGAUGCGCUAUUCGGUGAAACGAUUGAAAUGCGUGUGAGAUAGUAUAUCAAUAUGUGAAAGAACCUCGUCGAGGAAAAGCGAUGUCUACUUCUCUUCCCAUACUCGUCUGUUUUAUCAUUUCUUUUGGUGGUAUAGCGUCAUGUGUAAGAAAUUUUCGAACCGACUUUCUGGAGGAAUGGCCAACUCCUGGUACGGGACCCCAUUUCGACACCUCGAUGCAGUCAAACUUUACGGGACUGGUGGGCAAAACCGUGCAUCUAGUAUGCAAAGUGAAAAAUCUCGGAAAUCGGACUGUUUCGUGGGUAAGGCAUCGGGAUAUACACCUGCUAACGGUUGGCCGUUAUACGUAUACGAGCGAUCAACGUUUCGAAGCGCUACACCUGCCUCACGCCGAAGAAUGGACGUUAAGGAUACGAUAUCCACAGCAGAAAGACUCCGGGAUUUAUGAGUGCCAAAUAUCAACGACACCUCCUAUCGGUCAUCCCGUUUAUCUAACCAUAGUCGAGCCAAUUACCAUCAUCAUCGGAGCUCCCGACCUAUUCGUGAAUAAGGGUAGCACCAUCAAUCUAACUUGCGUCGUAAAAUAUGCUCCGGAACCACCACCCAUGAUGAUCUGGAGUCACAACACCGAGGUAAUUAACUUUGACUCACCGCGCGGCGGCAUUAGCCUGGUGACGGAGAAGGGUCCUGAAACGACGAGUCGUUUAAUGAUCCAGAAAGCGGUGCUGAGCGACUCCGGGAUCUAUACCUGUGAACCGAGCAACGCGAAUCCCAGCAGCAUUAAGGUGCACGUUGUUAACGAACGACCUGCUGCGAUGCAUCACGGUGAUGGAAGUUCGUCGUACACUGGGACACGGCCAAUGUGUUUUAUAAUUUUAAUAGUAGCUAACAUAAUAUUUGUAUAAGAGGAAAGAAAGGAUAAUCGUCGGAAGGGAGAAGAAAUACGAAACGCGAUGAUACAGCGCGGUUUCACUUGCAAAUCGCAUUGCCUAUGAUCGGUAACAUUCUUUGGGUGAAUAUUUGCGCAGGGUAAAAUCGAAUAUUACCUACAUUUUCAUUCAUUCAAUUUCCGUGACCAAAGAAUUUUCGAAUAUCAGCACGGCACAAUAAUCGGUAAAAACGUAGUAUUUUGUUAAGAUAUAUCAUCAAGAACGAAUAACUUACGACGUCAAAAUUUAUUGUAUUAUUUGUAAAUAAAUUCAUUGUAUGUACAUAUCAAUAAAACGAUCGUCUUUA